AUGGGAAACUGUGUGUUAAAAGCAUUUGGAGGAGAAUUAGAAGAGAAUAUGGUAAAGGUGGUGACAUGCAGUGGAGGUAUCAUGGAGCUCUGUGCACCCAUAACCGCUGAGUGCAUAACCAAUGAGUUUCCUGGCCACGCCAUCUACCGCACGCGAGAUAUCUUCUCUCAGCCUCUUCUUCACAACGAAGAGCUCCGUGCCGGCCACCUCUACUACCUCCUGCCUCUCAACGCUGGCGAAAAUAUUAACACCAUGGCGCCGUACCGAGUGUCCUUGGAUAACAACAGGGUGUUGAAGCGUGUAGAGGCUGAGGUGUUGCCGAGGUACAAUGAUAGCGGGGUCUGGAAGGUGAAGCUGGUGAUCAGCCCGGAGCAGCUGGCGGAGAUACUGGCUCAGGAGUCGCAAACGGAGGCGUUGAUUGAAAGCGUGAGAACGGUGGCUAAGUGCGGAAAUGGUGUUUCCUCCGUCGCUAAUUCUGACCAGUGGAGUGUUUCUAGUAGUUUGAAAGGUUAG